AUGGGGAACCACAUGAACCCUUCAAUCCUAAACGGGUCUUACGCCAAGGGGACCCUAUGUCACUCUUACUCUUUGUCAUUAAUGGAGUAUCUAUCCAGAAUGUUGAAUAGUGCUAGCACUCUGGGAUCCUUUAAGUUCCACCCCAGAUGUCGGAGGCUUAAAGUCACCCACCUGUGCUUCGCUGAUGACCUCAUGUUGUUCUCGAAAGGCGAUUUAGACUCUAUUCGCAUAUUAAGCCAAUGUCUAGACAAAUUUGCCUCUAUAUUCGGCUUACAUGCUAACAAGAACAAGUCUGCCAUCUACCUUGCUGGGUUACCCUUGGUGGUGAGAGAAGACAUUGCAUCUCAGAUGAGUCUUCCCAUGGGUGCUCUCCCCUUCAGGUACCUAGGGAUCCCCCUCACUUCCAAGAAGAUAUCUGUAGCAGAUUGUGGUGUUCUGAUUGACAAGAUGACUGCUUGGCUCCGUCUAUGGUACUGUAAUAAUCUUUCUUAUGCUACACCUGUUUAUUUGCCUCGUGUGGUUAUCAAGAAAGUGAAUAGUAUUUGUCCAUCAAAUCCGUGGCAUGGUGAUGUCACUAAUAGCUCUGGUGAAAACGUCACUUGGUCCAAGGUCUAUCAACCUAAGAAAUGUGGUGACCUAGGGGUCGAGAACCUUGAAGUGUGGAACUUGGUGGCUGUGGGGAAACUUGCUUAG